AUGCAGCCCUUCCCUCUGGCGUCGAGCCUCUUCUGUGCCGAGGAUGCCGACGAUGUCGCCUCUUGGGACGGCGCGGAGUGGGAGUACCCGUCGUCGUCGGCCUCCCCGUCGCAGGUCAUGAUCCUGCCUUCUUCAUUCAGCGAACCCCAUCGCCCGAUCGACGACCUCUUCGCUACGGAGCUCCAGCACAUGCCUCGCUCCGACUACAUUGCCCGCUUCCAGGACGGCUCCCUCGACUGCACUGCCCGCCAGAGCGCCAUCAACUGGAUCCUCGAGGCAAUAAAUCACCUCCACAAACCACUCGCAUGUGCUGAAUAGGAUGAUGGAUGAGAAGUACACUUCAAUAUGCCGCCUUUUUAUUCCUUUCGUUCCAUCCAGGUUCAUGCCUUCUAUCGGUUUCUACCCGUUACGGCGUCCCUAGCCAUCAACUAUCUCGAUCGGUUCCUCUCCUCGCAGGCGCUGCCGGUAGGUACCGAAUUUCACUAUACGGUAUUUACGCCAUGGCGAUGGAAAUAUUAAGGGCCACCACCCGUCGCAGAGAGGACUUGGGUGGCCGUGGCAGCUGCUCUCCGUCGCGUGCCUCUCGGUCGCCGCGAAGAUUGAGGAGACCCACGUCCCGCUGCUCGUCGACUUGCAGAUUCUGGAUCCGCGGUACGUGUUUGAGCCGCGGACCGUGCGGCGGAUGGAACUCUUGCUAAUGGCUGCCCUUCAGUGGCGGAUGCGCUCCGUGACGCCUUUCGAUUUUGUGAGCUACUUCGGUAGCCUGCUUCCCACCGACUGCACCGAAGGCGAGGGCUGCCUGCCGCUGCUUCGCCGGGCAUCGAACCUCAUUCUCGUCAGCCACCAUGGUACGCCAGCGUUCACAAAUGUACAAAGAGGGGGCUUUCCAGCUGUAUGAACCCGCUUCGCAUUGCAACCUUCCUCUAAACAGGAGUUUUGUUGAUUAUGUAUCUGCAGUCGUCGAUUUCUUGGGCUUCCGGCCAUCGGCGGUGGCAGCGGCCGCUCUUCUCUGCGCCUUCGGCGAGAACAUCGAGGACUCCUCACCGUUCUUCGAUAUCGUCACCAAGGUACUUUAUCAUGUUGGUCUCCCUUCUUUCUUCUCUCUUCUAAGUCGUCUCGAAUAAAUCAAAUUGCCAAAAAGAUCAAAGCGUUUUUUAUUGUCUCCUCAAUUUGGUUUUCUCUUCGCCCUUGAUCACAUCAUCGCAGGAGAUGGUGGACGAUUGCCGCCAGUUGUUUGUCGUCUACGGGAUGGUCACGGCGGCCCCGUUCAAGCGGCCGGCGCCGCAGAGCCCCGCCGGCGUGCUCGAUGCUGCCGCAUGCGGGAGCUGCGACACCCAGAAAUCCGCCUCCGAAACGGCCACUCCCCCGGAGCCCUCCCCCCCCACGAAGCGGCGAAGACUGAUCGCCACCAUCAGCGGCGCAAGCCAUGUUGAUGAUGAUGGCAAACCUCUCUAG